AUGUCGGCGAAGACUACCUCUGGGCCUGGCGGCAAGAAGCCAGCCUCUGCAGCGACAAACCUCAUCGCUGGUGGAGGAGCUGGUAUGAUGGAGGCCCUUGCUUGCCAUCCACUCGACACCAUCAAAGUUCGUAUGCAACUUUCACGGCGACAGCGAACGGCAGGAGCAAAAAGACGCGGCUUUAUCCAGACUGGUGUUGAGAUUGCGAGAAAAGAAACGCCUCUGGGUCUGUACAAGGGCCUGGGAGCUGUGCUCACUGGAAUUGUCCCAAAGAUGGCCAUCCGAUUCACGAGUUACGAGUGGUACAAGCAAUUGCUUGCGGACAAAGACGGACGAGUUGCCGGUAGUAGCAACUUCCUCGCCGGUCUUGCCGCUGGUGUCACCGAAGCUGUGGCAGUGGUGUGUCCAAUGGAGGUGGUCAAGAUUAGGCUGCAAGCACAACACCAUAGCAUGGCAGAUCCUCUAGAUGUGCCGCAAUAUCGCAAUGCUGCACAUGCAGCUUACACUGUUGUGAAAGAAGAGGGAAUUGGCGCUCUCUACCGAGGUGUAUCACUCACAGCCCUCAGACAAGGAACCAACCAAGCCGCCAACUUCACUGCAUACACUGAAUUGAAGGAUUUGAUUCAACGCAAUAGCGAAGAUCCCACCAAACCGCUUCCCAGCUACACCACUGCCGGUAUUGGUCUCAUCUCUGGAGCUGUUGGACCGUUUUGCAACGCACCCAUCGAUACGAUCAAGACUCGUCUGCAACGAACACCUGCCGAGCCUGGUCAGACUGCCAUGGGCCGCAUUACCAUGAUCGCGUCGCAAAUGUUCAAGCAAGAAGGUGCGCGUGCCUUCUGGAUGGGCAUUACUCCCAGAGUUGCCCGUGUCGCUCCUGGCCAAGCAGUGACAUUCGCCGUAUACGAGUACCUCAAAGGUGUACUAGAAAAGGGCAGAGAAAUGGUACCAGGGAACAAGUACGAGGAGUAG